AUGGUGCUGAGAACAAGUAUCACAGUACUGUUGGCUGUACUCUUCCUGGCCACCCUCACAUCUGCACACUCCCCCGCAUGGCCAACUAUCGCAUACACAGAGACUCUCGGUCCUCUUCACCACGAAAUCCUCCCUCGUCAUCUCCACAAUAAUCCUUCUUCCAACUCACCCUUUGCCAAACGAGGAGACACUUCAGCACCAGCACUCAUCGAAAAGGAUGACAGGAUCCGGCUACGGUUCCAGGCCUUCAACAAGACAUUCUUUUUGCACCUCGAACCAAACCAUGAUCUCAUCCAUCCAGACCUCCUCGCAUCUUCUUUUUCUGCAUCAUCUUCUCGUACGACUUCGUCGUCGUCAGUGUAUGAUGACAUCAAGCCGUUCAAGGGUGUGGUGGUCGAGGAUGACUAUCACUCGAACCAGAAAUGGGAGCGAGCCAUGAGUACGAACCAGGCGGAGGAGCAACGGUCGACAGUUGAGCAGAUGUUGUUUGAGGAGGGUGUUCUUGGCUGGGCGAGGAUGAUGAUUGAACACGAUGAAGACGAUGAAUCAAUCAUCCUGCGGGGCGCAUUCACGACAAAGGACGACACCUACCACAUCACCUCUCGCCAACAUUACCACGUCCAGAAACGAUCCGAUGACCACUCCUCGCCACCUUCUUCGAAUUCACUCUCGUCUCAAUUGAUCAUCUACAGGGACUCAGAUCUUCGUAAGCCCACCAAGAAACUCCAUGCCCGCAGGGAUUUUGAAUCGGACGAGGAAGAGGCUGCGUGGGAAGAGCGGCAGACGACCACUUGUGGUGCAGGUUUCGUCGCCAGUAGGGUUGAUCAUAGCAACUACUACAACAAUGGAAGCAGGUCAGCGGCAACAGCAGGGAGUGGAGAAGAGCAUGGGUACUAUUACCCUCCCGAUUUGACGGCACCUAUCCCUAUGGGAGGAGGAGCAGGAGCAGCAGGAGCAUCAAGUUUCUUCAACAUGGCAGCAACAACAUUCAGGAAGCGCAGCAGCCCAGAGAGCAAUAUCAUGGUCAAGGUAGCUGGUCCAAGUCCCGUCCCUACAGGAUGUCCCACCACCAGGAUGGUCAACUACAUGGGCGUCGCUGCUGACUGUACCUAUGUCCGGUCAUACGGAGGACUCGCUAAUGCUCGCAAGCAGAUCCUUGCCGACUUCAACACUGCCUCCGGGAUCUACGAGUCAACUUUCAACAUCGCACUGGGGAUCAUUGCUGUCGAGAUCGAGUCGAUGAAUUGCCCCAAGACACCUGUCAAGGGCAAGGUGUGGAACCAAGAGUGCUCAAAAAACUAUACGAUGAACGAUCGGCUGAGCGACUUCUCGUACUGGAGAGGGAAGAGGGCCAAGGAUGGAGCUGGGUUGUGGCAUUUGAUGACUCAGUGUAGCUCGGGAGCCAUUGUUGGUAUCGCUUGGACGGGAGCUGUCUGUCAGAUGGCAUCACAGUCACAAGGGGGAAGCACUUCGUCUGGUAUAGGAGUAGCCGCAACUCCUACACAGUACACUGCCGGUACGGGUGUCUCGUCCGUCUCUCCGAACGAAUGGAUGGUGGUUGCUCAUGAGAUUGGACAUGGCUUCGGUGCUAAUCAUGAUUGUACGGCGACUUCUUGUGUCUCCGCCAGUGCCAUCGCUGCUGCAGCCUGCUGCCCUUACUCGACUUCGGACUGUGAUGCUGACAACCGGUUCAUCAUGAACCCCUCUGAGCAAUCUGUCAAGUCGACCUUCUCGCCCUGCAGUAUCCACUCCAUCUGCUCGACUGUUGCCAAGUCCGGGAGCUGUCUCCAGCCUGUCGCCGCUGCCUCUACCAAGCCUAUACAGUCAUUCGAGGCCAAUGUCUGCGGCAACGGUGUCAGAGAGGAAGGAGAGCAGUGCGACUGUGGUACGCCAGACGAGUGUGCCUUGGACCCUUGCUGCGAUGGAACCACCUGCAAGUUCAAGGGCUCUGCUGUCUGCGAUGACAUGAACGAUGACUGCUGCCACAACUGCCAGCUGGCAGCCAAGGGUCUAGUCUGUCGAUCCGCCAUUUCGAACUGUGACAUUGCCGAGACCUGCUCGGGUAGCUCUGCGAUGUGUCCUCCCGAUGUCCAGCUGCCUAACCUGACGCCCUGCGAUAUUCUUGGAGCCGGCAACCUGACGGAGGGCGGUGGUCAAUGCGCCAACGGACUGUGCACUUCCCGCGAUCUGCAAUGUGCUCAACAACAACGACUCGGAAUCGACAAGCAAUGCGCCGCCGCCACGAACCAGUGUGUGCUCCUCUGCAACGACCCCAAUGGCAACAAGGAUUCAUGUAUGAAGAUUCCUGGAAUGUACUUUGUCGACGGUUCGCCCUGUGGAUCCUCGGGCGAUGGAAUCUGUAUGUCGGGCAAGUGUGAGCUUCCCGGUGGAUGGAUUAAGAACAAUCUUUCGAUUUUUAUUCCUGUCAUCUGUCUGGUUAUUGUGUUGAUUGGCGCCGGUAUCGGAACCUGGGUCUUUUUGUCCCGUCGCAAGGCCCGUCGCAGCGCCAAUGAACUCCCUGCUCUGCCCCCACAGGCCGAUGGUUUUGGAGAGUAUGGCGGUGCCGCUGCUGUUGGUUCUGACGGUGUGCCAUUGUCCAAGAGUAAGGAUGUAGAUAUUCCCAAAUGGAUGUUGACUGGCGAUCGCCGCACCUCCCAAGUCGUGAUCUCUCGGCGUGCAUCCCUCUCGUCCCAGAACGUCCUCCGUAACGCCGACGGCGAUGUUGUCCCCAUGUCGACUGCCCCCGAACUCGCUGCGAUCUAUAUGCAACAGCAUCCUCAACAUCAACAACUACAUCAACUCCAGCAUCGACAACAGGAGCCUCAGCAACAGCAACCACAUGGCAACGGGUAUGAAUACGACGACCAUUACCCAAAUAACGACCCCUACCAGGACAUGUACCAGAGCCACGAAGAACUCUACCAACAACAACUCAGACAGCAACUGCGCCUUCAACAGAUGUUUGGGUACCAAUCACCCACGGGGUUCAUGUCGCCAGCUCCAGAGUACUCUCCUGAGUGUGAGCACUAUUCUUCGACCUCGCCCCACAGACAGGACUCUGAGCAUGAGCAGUAUUUGUCCAGUUCCAGUUCGCCGCUAUCGCAUAGCCAGUCCCCGCUGAUGCAAGGACAGGGACAUCUUUCGCCAUUGGUGCACCAGCAACAACAACAACAACAACAACAACAACAAGGGCGACCAUUAUCACCACAGCACCUUCAGCAGGCCCAUCACCGGAGUCAUCAUUUGAACCUCCAGCAUCAACAGCAACAACAGCGGUACCAUCAAGACCCAUUUAACCACAACUAUCAUGGGCAUGGUGAAAGUAGUAGUAGUAGUAGUGGUAGUCAUGAGGAUCCAGAAGAGAGCGAGAGCAGAAGUCACCCACAGCGACACCCGCACAAGGGGCAUCAUUAG